AUGAGCGAUUCAUCUUCUGCAGCAACAGCAGCAACAGCAGCAGCAGUAACAGCAGCAACUGGCUCUGCGUGGGAGACAGCUGAGGAGGCCCUGCUGCAGGCUGAUGCUGCUCUCGCUGCAUGCAGCAGCCCACGCAGCUGCUGCCGCCGCCUCUGCUACAGACAUCUCCUCGCCCAAAUCAAAGUCAUUCUUGCUGACCUCUACUCCUACAGGUACACACCAGCAGCAGCAGCAGCAGCAGCAGCAACAGCAGCAACAGCAGCAGCAGCAGAACCUGUAGUAGCAGUAGCAGCAGCAGCAGCAGCAGAACCUGUAGCAGCAGUAGCAGCGGCAGUGCCAGCAGUAGCAGUGGCGGCAGCAGCAGCAGUAGUAGUAGCAGUAGUAGUAGCAGCAGCAGCAGCAACAGCAGCAGCAGCAGCCGCAGUAACUGUAGCAGCAGCAGUAGCUGCAGCAGCAGCAGCAGCAGCAGAGGCAGCUUUGGCAGGGGCAGCCACAGCAAUAACAGCAGAUGCAGCGGCAACACAAGCAGGCAGCUGCAUCUCAGCGAAAGCAGCAGCAACAGCAGCAGCAACAGCAGAAAUCCUUGCUGAGCAGCAGCUGCAGCAGCAGCAGUGUUUGCUGCUGCUGCGUGCUGAGGGGCAGCAGCGGCGGUGGCUGCCAGCGCAGCUGCAGCAGAUAUCUCUGCUGUAUGCUGAUGCUAUUCGUCUGUUUCCUUUGGACGCUGCAUGCGGUGUGCAGCUAGAGAUGGUGUAUUAUCGUUUGUUUAGGGAGCUGCAGCAGCAGCUGCAGCAGCAGGUGCAGCAGCUGGUGCAGCAGAUACCACCAUCGAGAAGAGAAACACCAAAAGAUAUACCUGUAGAUAUCUAUACACUUGAUGCUGCUGCUGCUGUCUUUGCUGCUGCUGCUGUAUACUGGGCACUCAGAUCCGCCAUCAGAGCCCACGUGCAGGCGAAUUUCUCUCAAUGGAGUUUCUGCUGCGGUUGCUGCUUUGCUGCUGCUGCUGCUGCUGCUGCUGCUGUGCUGGCAGCAGCAAUGAGCCGUACAACCGUUUUGCAGCAGCGUCGUCAGUUGUUGCAGCAGCAGCAGCUGGUGCAGCAGAAGCAGCUUGAGCAGCUGCAGCAGCAGCAGCUGCAGCAUCAUCGAAAGAUACAACGCUGGUGUCUGCUGCUGAGAGAGUUCUCUCGUAUUCAGCUGUCUGUACACCUGGGAAUAGAUGUCGAUGACUUGCCAGCAGCAGCAGCUAUGUUUGCUGCUGAUUUUGCUGCUGUUCUUGAAGGGAGAAGUGUAAGUACAGCGGAGGCCCCGCUGCUGCUGCUGCUGCUGCUUGCUGCUGCUGCUGGAUAUAUUAAGGCUUCUAAUGCAGCAACAAAACUGCAGCACAACAAAGAAGCUGUGCUGCAGUCUAUACGAAGACUGAGGCAGCAGCAAAUGGAGGAGCAGCAGCAGCAGAAAGACCAGAAAGAGCAGCAGCGAAGACAGCUGCUGCAGCGCCUGCAGUACAGAGAUCGCAAUCAACUAUGGUUGCUGGAGCAGCAGCAGCAGGGCGAGCUGCAGCAGCAGCAGAAGCUUGCUUCUGCUGCUGCUGAACAGUGGGAGGAGCUAACUAGGGAACUCUAUACGCAUGUUUCUGAUAGCGUGCUGCAGAUGCUGCAGCAGCGGGAACAAGAAGAGCAGCAGCAGCAGCAGCAACCAGAGUUGCUGCAGCUGAGAUCACUGCAGCACGGAACGCCGCAGAUGCAGACAGCAUUAGACAUCUGCUGCAACAUAGCUGCUGCCAUAGCAGCAGCAGCACGAGAAACUUUGCUGCUUGUGAAGGCAGCAGCCGAUGCAGCAGCAGCAGAAGCUGAUUCUGCUGCUGCUACUACUUCUGCUGCGGCUUCAGCUGCUGCUGCGGCUUCUGCUGCUGCUGCAACUGCUUCUGCUGCUGCUGCUACGGUGCCUGCAGACUCGGAUUGCGUGGAAUCACCAACUUCUGAAACGAGCAGCAGCAGCAGCGGCAGCGACAGCAGCAGCAACAGCAGCGGCAGCGACAGCAGCAGCAGCGACGGCAGCAGCAGCGACAGCAGCAGCAGCGACAGCAGCAGCAGCAACAGCAGCAGCAGCACCAGCGUGUGGGGGUGUUGGCUCAGUGAGGACAGCCACUCUGCUGUCGUUGCUUCUGUCUCCUCACUGCUGUCUCCUUUGCAGGCCUUCUUGCUGCUGCUGCGUUCCUUCCCUCGCCUGCAGCGGGUGAACAAACGUUGCAUUUCGGAGCUGCUGCAGUCUGCUGCUGCUUUGCUGCCGCUGCUGCUGGAUUGCCGUGGGGUGUUUGCUGCUGCAGCAACUCGACAGCAGCAAGACGAAGAAGCAGAAGCAGCGAAGCCAGACGAAGAAGAAGAAGAAGAAGAAGAAGGAGAGGUUUCAGAUGAGUACAUAAAGCACGUACCCAGGCGUCGGCGGCAGCAGCUGUACAAGCAGCAGCAGCGGGAGAAGCAGGAGCGGCAGCAGAGGAGGCAGCAGCAGCAGCGGAGGAAGCAAGAAAGAAAGCUGCAGCAGGAGCAGCAGCAAGAAAAAAGACAGCAGCAAAUAAAAGAAAGAGAUACAGAUCCACUCUCUCAGCUGCAGGCUGCACUGCAGCAGCCUCUGCCUGAAGACGGCCUCCUCGUGGGCCUUGUUGUGCUGCCUCUGGCUUUCCCGCAGCAAACGGUGGUGCUGCAGCAGCAGCAGCAGGAGCAGCAGCAGCAGCAGCUGCUGCAGCAGCAGGGAGAGGGAUCUGAUGACGAGCUAGAAGCAGAAGCGGAGGACGCAGAGUUUGUGGGGGCAGCAGCAAGCGCGCCAGCAGCAGCAGCAGCAGCAGCAGCAGCAGGCAGCAGCAGCAGCAGCAGCAGCAGCAGAUGGCUUGACACACCCAGCUUCUGCUGCAGCAAGUGA